AUGACAACUAUCGGAACUUAUAUUGCAACAAGGCUUGUGCAAAUUGGAAUCAAAAACCAUUUUGUAGUCCCUGGGGACUACAAUUUAGUACUAUUGGAUAAAUUGCAAGAGAACCCCAAAUUGCAGGAAGUGAACUGCAGUAAUGAACUCAACUGUUCCUUUGCCGCAGAAGGUUAUGCUAGAGCGAAUGGGAUUGCUGCUGUUGUUGUAACUUUCAGCGUUGGUGCCUUUUCUGCUUUCGAUGGAAUUGGAAGCGCAUAUGGGGAAAACCUUCCUGUCAUACUAAUCAGCGGUUCCCCAAACACCAAUGACGAGGGUGACCAUCAUUUGCUUCACCAUACUAUUGGAACCCACAGAUUUGACUACCAGUAUGAAAUGGCACAAAGGAUUACAUGUGCAGCAGUGCAGUUAAAACAUGCGGAAGACGCUCCAAGAUUGAUUGACCACGCAAUUCGAGAAUGUCUUGCUAAAAAAAAGCCUUGCUAUAUUGAAGUUCCCACUAAUAUGUCCUCAGCUUUUUGUGCUCCACCCGGACCAAUAGAAGCCGUACUUUGUCCCCUUAAGACAAAUCCUAAAGCUCUUGAAGCCGCUGUGAAUGCAUCAGUCAAGUUUAUAGAAGGCCGUCUAAAGCCAACACUCCUUGCAGGUCCCAAGUUGAAAUGUGCUGGAGCCGAAAAAUCUUUCUUAAGGCUUGUUGAAGCACUUGGCUGUGCGGUUGCUGUGCUUCCUGCAGCAAAAUCACUGUUUCCCGAGGAUCAUCCUCAAUAUUGUGGCGUGUACUGGGGUCAAGUGAGCACCAAAAAAGCUGACGCAAUUAUGGAGUGGUCAGAUUUGACCAUUUGCGCCGGCUGCGUUUUUACUGACUACAGUACUACUGGUUGGACUUCUCUGCAACCUGCUUCACAUCGUUUUGAAGCAGGGUUCGAUGACAUCAAGUUCCCUGGCCAUUAUUUUGACCAGAUUGCCUUAAGCGACUUCUUGAAUGCAUUAGCUGAUCGUAUCUCAACGAACGAUAAAAGUUUAAUUGAGUACAAUCGCUUGCGUCCCACACCACCUAUCAUCGAAGCAGCUAGUCCAACAGCUCCUAUCACUCGUAAGGAGAUGGUUCGUCAAAUUCAUAAGCUUAUUACUUCUGAAACCACUCUUUUCGCAGAGACUGGUGACUCUUGGUUUAACGGGAUUCAGAUGGAUCUUCCAAAAGGAGCAAAGUUUGAGAUUGAAAUGCAGUGGGGCCAUAUUGGGUGGUCGAUUCCGGCUUGCAUUGGAUAUGCAGUGGGCGCUCCUGAAAGAAGAAUUAUCACAAUGGUUGGCGAUGGUUCCUUCCAGAUGACGGCACAAGAGGUGUCCUUGAUGGUGAGACUUAAGAAGCCAAUUAUUAUCUUCUUGAUAAACAAUUUCGGGUAUACCAUUGAAGUUGAGAUACAUGAUGGCCCAUACAACAACAUAAAGAACUGGAAUUACGCCGCUUUUGUAGAGGCCUUUAAUGCUGAUGAUGGUUAUGCAAAAGGAUUCCAAGUCCAUACGGGGGCUGAGUUAGCGGAUGCUAUUAAAAAGGCCAAGUCAAAUGUAGAUGGUCCAACUCUAAUUGAGGUACAGAUCAAUAGGGAUGACUGCACUAAUGAGUUGAUAAGUUGGGGCCACUUUGUUGCAUUAGCUAAUGGACGUCCGCCUCAUAAAUCCACUUAA